AUGGCAGAGCCCUUUCAAUUCGUUCGCGACAAAGGAGUAGAUGCAUUUUCUCGCUCAAACAUUCCAUCCAUGAUAAUGGAAGCAAGACCAAUGGCGCGGAGUUUAACCUCCAAACCCCUGCCUCAUAUAGCCAUCGGCAGAGGAUCAUCGGGUCAGAUCUACCUAGGAUUCGACGUCGAUUUACCGGAAUUGCCUCCAAAUUUCUCUAUCGACGCCGUACAAUUUCUUGUCGUCAACCUGAUGCUAAACCAAGAGCCAAAACUCCUUGCACUAGCAAUCUCCGAUAACGGCACCCGAUACUACGCGCCAUGCGGACACUUCUGUCAGUUUCUUCAGGAGAUCCACAACGGUGAUUACGUAGAAACCUUGAUCACCGGACCAACCGGGCUGAGCGACUUCAUACCCCUUGACAAGUUGCUUCCGCAAAGAUUCAGUCCAUACGGUGCCAUCCAGGAAGAUAUCCAUGCAGACGUACUCUUGAUGCGCAAUAAUCGCCUCAACCUCAUUGAUAACACGUAUUGCCUGCUCAAAGACACGGCUCUAAAGGCCGCGAAUCGAUCAUACGCACCAUACAGCAACGCUCCGUCGGGAGUGGUGCUGUUUGAUAGCUCUAAGCGUCUGCACAUUGGUAGUUAUAUAGAGUCGGUGGCCUCUGUCCCCAGUUUAGGGCCAGUCCAAGCGGCUCUCGCUAACUUUGUUAUUCAUACGGGCGGUAGACAGUUCAAGAAUAUCAUCCGAGCUGUUCUGGUGGAAACACGUUCGUCUUUUCGUCAAGAGGGCACGGCGAGGCUGAUUUUACAGACGAUAGCCCCCACAUGUGAUUUCAGGGUCUAUCACUGUUCAAACGGUAAAGAUCCUCUGAAUAAUUGGGUCUACCACUGUUCCCACUGUGAAGAUCCUCCGAAUAAUUAG